AUGUCUUGCUCAAAGCUCAUUUCCUCUUUUCUCUUCUCUCUAACCUUGGUUCUACUUCUCCAAACAUCUUUUGGAGCUGACCCUCUUUCCCAUUCGUGUUCAAGUUCUGAAAAUUUCACAUCCAACACUCCCUAUGAAUCAAACUUGAAAACGCUCAUAAACUCACUUAUUUACAAAACCCCUUCAACAGGCUUUGGUGUUGGCUCAGUUGGCCAAUACCAAAACCAACAAGCAUAUGGACUCGCUCUUUGCCGUGGCGAUGUAUCAGCCUCAGAAUGCAAAACUUGUGUUUCUGAAGCAACCAAAGAAAUCCUCAAUCUUUGUCCAUACAACAAAGGUGCCAUCAUAUGGUACGAUAACUGUUUGUUCAAGUAUUUGGACACAGAUUUCAUUGGCAAGAUUGAUGAGGCAAACAAGUUCUCUUUGUGGAACGUGCAAAACGUGAGUGAUCCUAACAUGUUCAACUACAUGACCAAGGAAUUGUUGAGUGUACUUGCUUACAAAGCUUCUGUUGACCCUAAAAUGUAUGCAUCGGGAAAACUAUUAAUGAUUGGAGAAUCAGAGAAAGUUUAUGGGUUAGCUCAGUGCACAAGAGACAUUACAAGCAUGGAUUGCAAGAAAUGUCUUGAUGACGCAAUUAGCGAACUUCCAAGUUGUUGUGAUGGAAAACAAGGAGGUAGAGUUGUCGGCGGAAGUUGCAACAUCCAAUAUGAGAUUUACCCAUUUGUUAAAGAGUAG